UCCGCGCUGCUGCUUGUGUCUGUUUAGCGCUUUUAAACCGAUUAUUAUUACUGGUGACUAAUUACAAACAUGAAACCCAGCGGUACCACAGACUUUGCUUUAGCCAGGCUGUUAUUCAUAGGUUGGAUUUACUGAGCUGAGGGAUGAAGAGCAGAAAACAAAAGAUUGUCAAAAGUGGAAGCAGCAAAAGCAAAGUCCCCAGCGAUGUGUCCCCCUCCACGAGCCUCCCUCCUCUUGUUGAAGGCCAUCUCAGAUGUUUCCUGUCUGUGACAAUAAGCCGGGUGAUAUGGACAGUCCACAAGCCUCCACCUCCGACAUUCAUCAGGCUACGAUGGUGGGGAGAGUCAUCCAAUGGGACACACUUCUUUCCAAGAGAUGGAUCACAGCCUUCACAAAAGACUAUCAAGACCACAGCUCGCUUCCCCAUUCGCUGUGGCCCAAAACAAUUCACUUCAUAUCUUACAGAUAUGGGCUUUCUGGUGCUUGAAGUUCUGUCAAAACAAGAUCAUUUACCUGUUGCUCGGGCUCAGGUUGCCGGUAUCUCCCGUGUGUCUCUGUCACAACCAGUCAACGGAUUUUACACUCUUUUAUCCCCAACAUCUGAAAAGCUAGGAGAGGUUCAGGUUUCCCUGAAUUUGGAGCCUCUGACAGAAGCCUAUGACAGUUGCAGUCCAGGUCCCGCCAUAGAUAUCAACAGGGAUAGACUGCAAGUCACCACACGGACUGGUACCUCACAGCACAGAUCACAUCUAGCAGUCAAUGGGAAAAAAUCAGCUGGGAAGAGUGGAAAGACACUGAGAGAGAAGGACCACUUAUGUUACCAAAAUGGUCAGGAAGACAAAGAAGAGACCGCGGGGAAUCAGAUGUCUACAUUAGACAACUCUCUUAACAAUCAAGCUGUUGUGAAUUCUUCUGAUCAAGAGUCAUUUCAUAGACAAACAAACAAUGACAUAAUUUCAGUCAUUCUAGACCGUGGAAACAAACUCAGAAAUGCAAUGGUAGUAUCAAUGUUAAAAUGUGACAUGGAUUCAGCUCUCAAAGAUACUCCUCUGCCUCUCCCAAAGGACAACAUUCAACCACCAACUAACAAGUUGGUUCCUUCUACCUCAGGUUUGUUUCUUCAAGAUAUUCUUCACGCUGAUUCAUCACAGAAACAUUCUGAUGAUGUUGCCAUAGUUACAGACUGUGGCUUGGGCUACUCUGCUGACAUGGACAAGAGAGCUGUGGAUCUCCUCCUUGGGAGCUCUUCAACUUCUUUACCACCUCUCUGGGAUGUACAAGGUUUCUCCCUUGAAUCCCUAUCUGGCCACAGCAGUCUGUGUGCAGAUAGCGAGCUCAAUGAUCCACUAUAUGAUCAAAGCUUACUGGAAAAUCUGUUCUACAAAGCUCCUAAUCUAGAUGCAAGGCUGGAUGGUGCUGAGGAGGAGGUCCUAGGAACAAUGUCCCCAAGUAAAAAUCAACCGAAACAGCUAAACCACACUGGACACAGGAUCAAUGACGGUCCAACGUCAGAUCUACAGCCGUCUGCAGAAGUUGGUAUUCACCCUGCACUCAGUGGGGAGCAGCUGGCUCUGCUGAGUUCGAUCCGACUGCUGAAAGUGACCAUCAGCUCCCUGACCGUACCUGCCAGCAGCUCAGCCACCGCACCCAGAAAUACUUCUAAUAAAGGGAAACCUCCUCCACCACUAACCAGCAAGAAGUGUACGUAUUUUGUUGAGUACGUGUUUCCAGCGACUUUGGCUCCCAAUCAGCAUGAUCACCGCAAUGCUGGAGAUGGGGAGGUGGUCAGAGCUGUGUCCAGAAAGAUCACAGGAGAAGCUGUGAAGUUCCACCAGAUCGCCACGUUUCCUGUCCACUUCAGCACAGCAGCAAUUAAACACUGGUGGGAAACUGAUCUUAUUUUCAAGAUUUAUUCACGAAGAAGUGACCAAAAGAAACCUGUUGCCAUCGGUACAGCAGUUUACCCUCUGGUCUCCUUGCUCCAGACCAGGCAGCUUAGUCAGGCUGUUGUUUUGUCCAUCCAGAACUUGGAGAACAACAAGGAAACAGAGGAAAUUGGACCUCUAAAGGUGUCUUUUGAACUUGGAAAACACAACAAAGAUUUCCAGCCUGAGAAAAGUAAAAAGCUGCCUUGCAGAGAUGCAUCACCUUCAAUAGUCCCACCCAAUCUAGAAAGAGAAAAUAUCUCUAGACCUCAAUAUGUUAACACUGGAAAGGAGGAGUCAUCAGCUUGCUGCUUAGAAGGUUCAAGGCUGAAAGUUUGGACUCCUCAGAGAUCCUCGGAAGCACCUGCUACACAUCGUGGGAUUCCAAUAUCUCCUCUUAAAUCGUCGCCACAAGUGGAGGAGGACCCUGAGGUCCUGCUGCAUGCUUUACUCAUGGUGCCAGAUGGGAAAAACUUCAGUUGUGGACCUCUGCAGGCCCCAAACGUGUACUUGAACUGUAAGCUGUUUUGGUGUGAUGAGACAGCGAGAUCUGUGGUCAGCUGGGGUCAAACAAACCCAACUUUCAACUUUGUUCAGGUGACGCCUGUGGCUUUAACAUCAAAACUUUUGGAACGUAUGAAGAAUAAUAUGAUAGUGAUUGAAGUGUGGCAGAAAACAGGAAGCCCUGGGCAAGACGUGCUCUUCGGCCUGGUUAAAUUACCUCUACACCAGUUCUACAUUUCAUUCAAGGAUCCAAAGAUCACCCAGCUCCUCCUCCAGGCGCAGUACCCUGUUUUAGGGGUGGACUGCUACAUGCCCAUCAUCGAUGUGUUCUCGGGUAGCUGCAGAGGAAACCUCAGGGUUGUUUUGGCUAUGGGCCGAUCAGAGCAGAUUGUUUCCCUUCAGCGCACACGGGAUGAAGAGUGUGACCCUUUGCCUCACUUAGUCAGACCAGUUCAUCUACUUGAUCUUCAGCCACAUUCUCAAACUAAGUUGAAAACACCACAAGUGGAGAUUAUGAGAGAGCAUGUGUUUAUGGUUCGAGUGGAGAAGGUCAGCGGGCUGACACCGUUACAGUCCACGGUGUGGGGGGAGGCCGACUGCUACAUCCAGUACACUUUCCCCUGUCAGGAGGGGGAUGCUGCUGCAAAUGUGGACCAAGACCUCAUCGAGAGUAGUGUGAACCUGAAGCCGUUUCGUACCACCACCACGCUUUGUGUUCCUGACCCGGUUUUUGGUCAUGCUGAGACUCACGUCCUUCUGGCUCCUGAGGGAAUUCCCAUCCAGAGGCUCCUGCUGAGCUCUUUGUCCAGUCAGGGCCUGAGCAGCGGAGGAGGCGUCCAGUUUGAAGUGUGGUGCAGAUAUUAUUAUCCAAAUGUCAGAGAUCAGCUCGUCGCCAGAGGAAUGCUUCCACUCUCCAAGCUGUGCGCCAUGGUCACCAUGCAGAGACAACAUCCUAACGAGGCUCAAAUGUUCUCCCUGCCGCUGAUUCCCAGAAUGGAUGAUCCCACAGGAUUUCAGCCUCAUCCAUCAGGACUGCUGGAUGUUUGCAUUCGAUAUAAGCACCGGCCUGUGAGAACUGAAGGACAGGCUGGGAGAGGGGCUGCCUCGCGGGUUGUGACGCUCGUGGUUAACGUGCACAGAGCCUGUGGUCUGAAGGCAGCAGCGAGGACAAUAGCAGAACAUGAUAAAAGAUUCGGGCACUUCGUCGGUGAAGGCGUGAACCCUUUCGUCACGGUUCAACUUUCCUUCUUGCCCGAGAGUGAGAUGAGGUGCACUCGCACUGCAGCCAGGACGUUCUGCCCUGAAUUUGACCACCACAUGGAGGUUUCUUGUGAUCUGCAGCUUCACAUGAGCAGCGGAGAAACCUGCAGCCUGGCAGAGCAGCUGGACCAGGCGUCUGCUGUCUUUACCGUCUGGACCAAAGACAAUUACAAAGAACAUUUACCCAGACCUGAAGAGGUGAUGUUGGGCACAGUGAAAGUACCUUUGGGUGAUCUCAUCCACAAGAGAACAGGUAUUUCUGGCUGGUUUGGGUUGUAUUUAACUCGGGAGGGAAGACCUUCUCAGCACCAACACAUCUUGGUUGGGGGCCUCGAAGUCUCCAUCAGCUUUGCUCACCACUCAGAUCGGGAAAGGGCCAUCAAAGCUGCCCAGAGUUUGGGCUGGGAGGUUCCUCACGAUGACAUCGGCCAGGAGGAGGACGACGAAUCCUGGGAAGAAAUCUCGGAAAAACUCUCAGUGACUUUUUCAAUUCCCCGGGCUUGGAUUCCCACUCACUGUUUACUCGUACCUGGCCUGAGGGAGCUCCAGCGCUCCACCUACUGCUACUAUAGAUACAAGUUCUACGACCAGGAUGCCUUCUGCUCUCGACUGAAACACCCAUCUGUCAAAGACGGUGGAGAUGAUAGCCAGGCCCAUGUAAGUUUUGAAGGAAGUAGAACAGUGGAGCUGAGGUGCACUCGCCCUCUAAUGUGGUAUCUGCGAGAGGAGAAGCUGGAGGUGCAGGUGUGGGCCGCCUUCUCGAAAAAUAAAACCAGAAGGCCCAGUGACUCGGACCGCCUGGUGGGCUCAGCCUUUGUUGAUCUGUCCUCACUUGCGAAGACGUCUAAGCAGAAGCUCACUCUCAGCGGAGUGUACCCGCUGUUCAUGCGCUCAGCAGCAGAUUUACAAGGUGCAGCUCUCAGGGUGCACAUCAUGCUGACUGCAGGUUCUGUUCCCAUGGAGGUGUCUGCUGGACUACACACCCAGGGGGACUCUGACAGUCCGGAGGAACUCUUCUUAGAGGAGGUGGAAGCAGCAGAGCCGGAACUCUCUCCAACUACACCCAGAAAAUCAAGCACACAAAGCAGACACAAGAAACAAUCUCCCCAAACCACUCCAGACAUCACAUUUGUGCAGCACACAGAAAUGAGUUUGGAUGACUCUUUUCCUUCGACUGUGGCUGUGGAACAGGCCAUGCACCUGAAUUUGAAAGGUUGUCCUUUGACUGAUCGCAGUGAAGGGGCGCCAUGUUGCUGCGUUUCAUAUGUCACUGCUGACUCUGCCGAACCAGUUUCCACGGCUGUUGUAUCCAACACUGACUGUCCUGUCUGGGACCACCAGCACGAGUGCAGGCUUUCAAAGGAGCUGCUGGUUGAUCCACAGCAAUCUCUUGUGUUUAAAGUCUGGCACAAAGGAGAAAUGGAGAGGGUGAUUGGAUUUGCCUCUGUAGACCUGUCGCCUUUACUCUGUGGUCUUCCAUCGGUGUGUGGUUGGUACAACAUCACAGACUUCAGUGGUCAGUGUCAUGGCCAGCUUAAAGUGUCCAUCACCCCGCUCAGAGGAGUCCAAGACCUGCGUGGGCGCAGAAGAACUGUGAAUGAAGAAUCUGUCCAAAAGUCAUCGACUUUGUUCCAGACGGCUCCUCUCAGCUACCAAACCACAGCCGUGUACAACAGCUUUCCCUCCCACAUUAGCAGAUACACAGAACAGAAGAUCUCAUCCCCCAACCACACAGAGCAGCUGUUCUCUGAAAGGGCCAGUGAGACUGAUCGCCAUUCAGAGCACAUGGACAAAGUACGACUUUACCAUCAGAGUCUGCAAGAACAAGUGUCCUCUCACUCUCUUUGUAGCAGUGCAACUGGUGAUAUCAAUCCCUCCAGCUCAUAUUUGUUCUCAACACUCAGGAAGAAACUGAGCGAACUCGACAACAUUCAGAGAUACUUCAGUCGUAAACUUUCUACUCCUACGUUCCCGUCUUUGACUGAACUGGAUUGUCACACCCAACAGGAGGAACAGAGGGGCUCAGAGAUCGACACAAGUCAGCUGCUUCUCAAGUCCAACCAGUUAGUUGGAGAAGUCAAUGACAUCAUCAGUGGUCUAAAAGGACAACAUUUGGAAACAAUUCCUUCCACCACAGAGAACAGCUCAUCAAACUCUCCAGGAGAACACAAUGGAUUUCAGAUCAUCCCUGCGAGCAUCUCCAGCCCACAGAAAGUGAUCGAUGUUUCCUCGGAGGUCGUGUCUCCUCUCCCAUCGCUGCCCACGGAGAUGUCUGGAGACCCGCCUGACCCGGAGCCCGAGGAGGAGAGGGACCAACGAAGCAGCAGCGCUGACAUGUCUGAAGAGGAACAUGAAGAAGAAACUGGUUUCAGGCACGAUGUGGAAACUGAUGAUUGUGAAGAGAACGAUGAGGAUUUUGAGGAGACUGUGGUGAAGCCAAGGCCUCUAAAUGAGGUGACCUCAUUAACAGACAGAACUAGUCCUUGGACAAGCAUCCUAUCAGACCCGGACCUGGCCUCCGUGGAGAGCAUGGAGGCACUACAGGAGUCUGAUUGCAGUGAGGAUGAAGACAACAACAGACAGGCGUUACGUCUGGAAACUCAGGAAUUAGGUGGGAAACACCAGGAAAUUGAUCCCCACCACAGCUCUGGUGGAUCAACAGGAGACGCGUCGGAUUCAGAGCGAGAUGAUGAAAGGACGCUACAAGGUGACAAUGACAUACAAUCGGACACACCAAAGAGUCACGACGAAACAUCAGGAGAUCCAGCUUCAUCACUCCCAACUGAGCCCUGCACCUGUACGAGUGCUUCAGGUCCCCUGCACAAUGAAGACGCACAGCUCCAACCCUCAAACCCUGUGGAGGUCCCGAACUUUUUCCUCUCCUCUCACCAACUGGAGGCCUCGUUGAGAGUCAUUCGCCUAGCUCCUUCUUUCUCUCAGUCACCCAGCAGUCCUAGCCGGAGCUCUUCAGACAAUCCCGGUGCUCGCCCUCGCACAGGUCCUCGACAGCGUCCCGACAUGUCCCCGUCCUCCAUGAAGAAAGCGACGGAGAGGAUUGUAAAAAUAUUUGCAGCUCACCUUGAUGAGUCUAGUUAGCUGUGCUUCUGGUUACUCGGUCCAGAACACAAUCGUGUAAAUGAAAUAUCAUAUUUUGUAUUUUUCUAAA